AUGGCCGAGCCUCUGCUCGGCGUCAUCCUCGCCACAUCGUCAUCGCGAGGAGACCACAUCGUAUUCCGCUGGCCCAACAAUCCCAAGAUCUUCAAGCGCUACUCCAAGGUCAAGUACUACACCGAAUCGCGCCCCUCAGGGCGUCCGCUACCGGACGACGACCUCGAUCCUGUGCGACAAAAGGCAAAGUGGGACAGGCACGACGAGGAUGACGACGACCAUGCCCACUCUGACGACGCCGGUCAGAGCGAUACCCCUUCGUCGUCCGACAUCGAAGACUCGGACGCCUCGCUCGCAGACGACGACGAGAAUCGUUCCGUUCGCGAUCGCGCCGAGACCGUCGCCUCUUACGGUCGCUCCAGACCAGCUGCUGCACCCUCCACGAAUCGAUCCAAGUCCAAGCCCCGCCGGCCGUUGGUCGGUCUGGAAGAGUCCACCCCCAGCGUCCGCUCUGCAGACCGCCACAACGCCAAGGACACGCAGGACGCCAACGACCGAGCGCCCGAUUCGGAUGCAGGCACAUCCAAGGAGCUCUCACCCGAGGAAAAGGCACGGCGCGAACAAAAGGCCGCCAUGGCAUACAAGACCUAUCUCGGCUACGACAUCGAGAUCCUCGCCAGCAUCCUCAACCCGCGCCCCGAGCUCGCACACCAAAAGUUCGAGCUCAUCGUCGACGAUCUCGCCUUCCUCGGCCAUCCUGUCGCUGCCAGCAAGGCGGGCACCUGGGGCGAGCCUGAUAACCAAGACGCUCAUCCAGGCGCAACCGACUCGGAUGAUGCUCAUGCUGCAGGGCCUUCUCAGCGCCGAGGCCGCUCAGGCUUACGCAAGGAGAUCCGCCCCUACGACUUAUCCGACGGCCAUCCACCCGGGAAAGAACCAGACGCAAAUCACGCCAAGAAGGACGAAUCCGAGCCCAAGACCUCCGACACCGACGCGCCCGCCUCCAAGGCCGCAGCGCCUCUCACGCAGUUCCACCUGGUGCUUGUGCUCGAUCGACCCGACCCGUCCACGGCCAUGUCCGGCAUGGAUCUCUCGUCGUGGCUGCAGCUCUUCUACGACAACAUCGUGUUCAAGAUGACCGCGGCGCUCUUCGCCGAGCAGUCCAAGUCGGACUAUGUCGGUCGCGAGACCGAGAAGCUGCUCGCCUUGCGCGAGCGCUGCAUGGACGACGGCCAGGCGUACUCGGCGUACGCUGCGCAGUGUCUCGGCAUCUCGUCGCUCGCGCGCUGCAUCCGCGACCUGCACAAGAGCAUCAGCACCUCCUCGGACGCCUUCCUCACCAUCAACGACCGCAUCGAAGUGCAUCUUCAGCUGCCACCCAUCCUCCAGGACCCGGUGAAUCUGCCCAAGACCGUCGACAUCGAGACCGAGCUCGAUCCCAACGACCCCAUCUUCCUCUCGGGCGGCGGGUUUGCAGGGCUGGGCAAAGAGGGUGCCGACGAGGAUGGGGGUGGUGGCACGUACGAUCGGCUGCUCGAUCUCGCGCCGCACCAGUUGAGCUUCGAGGAGUGGUGUCGAACCACGGGCCCGUAUCUGCUGCCGUGGAAGACGCUGCUGCUGCUGCAUGAUCAGCCGGACGAGGCGGCGCGUGGGCGUCGGACGCCCGGUAGUGCCAGUCCUGCCGGCCACCUCACGCCCGCAGAGCAGGCGCCCGAGACGCAUGGAUUCGAACAGCUCGCAUGCAACUUCACCUCGCUCUUCCGGCCGCAUCUGAUGCACUCGCUCAACUUUAGCGAGGUGGCCGACAUGCUCGGCUGGGACCUGUACGAGGAUGUAUAUCCGAUGAUCCGCCACCUCAUCUACUACCGCCAGGCGCGCGUCAUCGACAUCCCGCGUCCAGGGCACGUGUAUGCCAUCUCGCCGCUCUUUGACUUUGGCCGACUCGGCGCGCUAUCUCGGGUGUGGGCGCAUACGUUCCCCGAGCUGGCGCCGCUGCCCGCGUUUCUGUCGCAGCUGUCGUCGUCAAGUCGUGCGCUCAGCGCGCUGUUCCCCGGAAGGCACCAGAGGGAGCUGGCGCUCGAUGUGCUCAUUUGGCUGCUGCGCCGGGACGUGGUGGUCAAGAUGCACAUCCGCUUACGCCUGUUUGCCACCGAGGCGGUCAAGCGCCGAACUGCCGAGCGGGGCGCCGAGAGGCACGAGCGGCACCGGGCACAGAAGCAGCGCAAGAGGGAGAGGCUCGCGAGGGCCGAGGCGAGGCGCAUGAAAAGGUCGCAGGCCGCAGAACAGCAGAAGCGCAAAAAGGCCGAGCAGGCCCAGCGCACACAGACGCACGAGAAACACGAGCAUAGGGGCAGGAGCCGCGAACGCGACCGAUCGCGCUCCGUCGAUGCUCGCCAGCAAAGGCAGCCCGAUCUCGCUGCCGACGAUCUGGCCGCGGCGGCUUCGCAGAUGAGCGUCUCGCGGCCCUCGGUUCUGGCGGACCCGGAAAGCGUGGCUGAGGCGGCGGCGCUGGCGGCGGCCAUCGCGCGCUCGGACAUCGAUGCUGCUCCAGCGUCGGGCGAUGCCAGCCACAGUCAAGACCAUCGCCACGCGCAUCAACACCACCAUCAUCACCAUCGCCACCGCCACGGUGUGGCUCACAAAGAUGCAGCUGGUGCCGGCGAGCUGUCGGGCGCUGGUGCGGGUGCGAGCGGUGCGAUCCCCAUCGGAUCGGGCGCGCCGCUGGAUGAGCUCAAGUUUGAGCGUCGACCGGUGCUUCGAUCGCGCUCGCCCUCGACUGCUGCCCCGGGGCUGUCGGUGAGCUUUAGCACGCUGAGUGAGCGCGGCGAGUUGAUCCGCCGAGCACGUGCCGACACCUCUGCAUCUUCGUCGUCUGGAGGCAAGACGCGUGGUGAUGGGCUGAGUAUGACGCCCACCGCGUCGCAGCAGAGUCGCCCGACCACGCCGAGCAUCCUCACUGGGCCGCGCAAUGUCCCGGCGCACGUGCGGGAUCGAUCGGCGUCGGCGGUUUCGAGUAGUGCAGAGGGAAGCAUGCCUCGGCGUGCACGUGGGUUGAGUGCCCGAAAGAUCGCUCGAUCCCGAUCACCAUCCCGAGCCCGCAUGCGGGUUCGCGGCUUUGGCCUGGGUGCCGAAGUCGAGAUCGACGAAGAAAACGACGACGACACUCGCUCCAACGUAGAGACCAUUGAACCUGCCCGAAGGCGCGUCUCAACCGCAAGCGAGCGUCCCGAACUACCACCACCCAGCGAGACCGACCACUCUUCGCACUGCUCGUGUUCAUCGUGCGACAGCUCAUCCGCCUCCGACCUAUCGCUCUCGUCGGAUUCGGAUUCCGACUCGUAUGCGCCUUGGCGUACGGCCGAUGAGUAUACAGAGUCGUUGAUCGUCGAACCCGCGCGUGCGUCGCGGCGCGAAAACGACUACAUCGCAACAAUGACAGCCGACAAAGACCCCGCCACGGUCAAAAACUUCUUCCGCCUCCUACCGUAUCUCAACGGCAAACACUCGAUCGACGAAAUCGAAUACCGCGUCAAGAUGCGCCGCAGAGACAUCCGUCGUCUCCUCGCCGUGUUUCGAGAGUAUAUCAUCACCUUCAUGCAUCCGUGA